AUGAGCGAACGGAAACUAAUGUCAAUAGAUAUUGAGCCCAGUGUCUCUGAAAGCCAAAGUGAUCAGCAGCAGCGACUUCGGGCUCGUAGUGAGAACUCUUUCAAAUUCAACUUUCUCCCAGACAACUGUGCAGACAGUCUAAACCAAGCCUCUUUGCCAUCGGCGCCAGAAGAUACAGUCAGAGAUAUCACAUUUACUGGGACGAAUGAGAAUUUUGUUUUCAACUUCCAAAUUGACAGAGAAGAAGAAAUGGAAAAAGACAGCCCUACUUCAGAAACUUCUCCACACAAGCCACUGUGUGCAGAGAAUCCAUCUGUUCAGCAGUGCAGUUCUACUCCAGACACUGUGCCAACAUCCACGAGGCCGAAGAAGAAGAAAAGAACUGGAAGAAAUAAGGCAGCAAAUGGCAACACUAAAGAAGAGCUAAAGGAAGCAGCUGUGCAUGAAGGUGAAACUGCAGAGCUGAGUACAGAGGAGCAGUUUCAACGACAGCUAGACUGGUGCAUUGAACAUCUAGAUCUGGGAAUGCGGUCGCACAAAGCCACUCUAAAACAGAAGGAGGAGGCAUCCCGGGCCCUGAAGACUUUACGUAGUUCCAAAGCUCCACUCGUCAAAAAAAGGCAGCUGAUGAGAGCAAUGGCUGGAGACUACAGACAGAAAAUGGAAGAAGAAAAAUGCAAACAGUUUAGUCUUAUUCAGAAUGAAACUGCAUCAGCACAACUUCGAGCAGUGUCUGUUUUGCCAAAGAAGUCGUCUUUCCAUCGAAAAGCUCUGAUCAAAGCUCAAACACCACAGGGCACCGACAUCUCUGAUGCCACAGAAGCCCCUAACAAUAACUUUGUCCUUACACCUUCAAAUGAGGAGUUUCUCUUUAAUUUCCUGUAG